CUGCUACUGUAUGUGGAAAGAGAAAGUAAAAAGUACUGAUGUUGUAAAACAAAGCCAAGGAAAAUUCUAGGUUUUAGCACACCUGCCUGCCUCCCUUAGUCAUAUCUCACAAUCCGCCCUGUGUGUGAGGAAGUAACUGAAAGACAGAAAGAAGACAGAAAGCAACAAUAUGAAGAGAUAUGACCCGGGAGACUCCACUCUCAAAUUUGUCAACAGACAGGAUGAUUUAGAUCCCCUGGAUGAUGACCUUGUGUCUCUAAGGGCGGAGAUGUCCUGUGGUCACGCAGUCACCCCACAGUCCCUGACUGGAUGGUGCCGCAGCCUACUGGACCAGGGUCAGUACAAGUUCAUGUGUCCUGCACUUAAGAAUGGCACUUUGCAAAAGUGUGAUGCUGAGUGGUCUUACCAGGAGGUACGUAGACUGGCUGCGCUCACCAUCGAAGAGAUGCAGCACUUUGAGAAGACCAUGGCCGCCUUGGCUGCUGCCAUAUACUGUGAAUACAAAUCAUGCCCUGCCUGCAAAACCUUUGUAGAGAGACAGGAACUCUCCAACCUCAGUGUCCUCUGCACAGUGUGCACUGCAGACAAAGGUCAGAGGUAUGAGUUCUGCUGGCAGUGCCUGAAGCAGUGGAAAGGUCCCGCGCCACACUCUGACCACUGUGACAACGAUGGCUGUAUCAACCAGGACCUGGAACUGCUGAAGAACUGCAAAACCACGUCUCUCCCUCAGGUGGCAGGUGUCACCAACUGCCCCUCCAUUCGCGCCUGUCCCACCUGUGGCCAACGGGUGGAACACGACAAGACUGGUUGUAAGAAUAUUCUCUGUCCAAGGUGCAAUAAAGAGUUCUGCUUUGUGUGCCUUAAGCUCACGGAGGAGUGCUUGGAGACCAGCUCAUAUUUCAUAGCCUGCUCUGCUGGUGUUGCCCCAAGGCAGACCUCUAUACCCACCUGGAAUAGAAACUAAGAGAAGAGAUAACUAUCAUACCAGUCACGGUAGAACGCAUACUGUAGAGUUACUGUAGACUGUUUAUAUUAUGUCAAACACAAUGCUUUUUGCACAAUGCACAACUUGGUUUUCCUGUAUUUUCUUUGUCUAUUGAUGAUAACUUCCCCAUAAUUGUACACAGAAAAUGUCAUGUUUCAAUGUUUUUUUUCUUCACCUCAUUAUUAUAAUUUGGCUUCUAUGCUUCUUUAUUAACCCAUUUAUGUCCUUAUACAAUAUCAAAAUGCGCCACAGAAAAAUUAUGUUUGAUGUAAACGCAUGACAUUUGGUGUCAUCAUAGUUAGCACAAGAGUGUAGACAGGCCACAUUGAAAUUUUAAGAGUGUCAUUAUCUAUCAUACUUUCAGUGUCAAUCAAAGUUGGAAAAUCAUUCAAAUGACUUCGACAUAUGUCAUUUGAAAUACAUUUCAUUAUGAAAUUCUUUAAAAACAUAUAGUAUUGUUAUUUGACAUGUUCUAAGCUCAAACAUGCAAAAUAUAUGAUUAAACUCAUAGUCGUUUGUGAACUACAGAUGUUUCUGUAUCAUAAUAAAUCUAGUCUUUGGACACAUA